GGAAGUUAUCACAACAAACAUGGCGGCCUCCUGAAAUGGGGAAGCUAUUGUGAUGAUAGUUCACCGAACGAUAUAUUUUCUUUUGAAGAAUCUCUGUCUAUUGUUCGUUAAGAGACGAGGAUAUGGUAUUUCUCUAAAUGAACGGAGCUAGAAAUAUGGGAACUCUCAAGGACAACAAAGAUGUGGCCUGCUAUUUCAUUACAAAACAUUCAUGGAAGGGAAAAUAUAAAAGAAUUUUUUCUGUUGGGACUCAUGGAAUUACUACGUACAACCCUGGCACGUUUGAAAUUACAAAUCAGUGGGCUUACAAUGAGUUCAUCGGCAUUGUGCCCAAUAUCAAGGCCCCCAAUACUCAGGAGUUUGUCAUCUCCAUGAAAAAGGGAGCCAAGAAAACAGACUCCAUGAAGUUCUCCACUGACCACAGGGCAGAUUUACUCACAGAGGCACUGAGAUUCCGAGAUCAGUUUGCUGAUCCUUCCAAUCACCGAGCCAAGCGGUUCAACUGCUUCAAGGCCCAUUGGUCAGAGAACAGGGUUCCCGUCAUCCUUGAGGUCAACCAGGGUUCCCUGGACCAGCUGGACCCAAGCACCAACAGGAAACUAUGCUCCUAUGACUACAAGGAUAUCGAAGGACUCACACUUGUUUCAGACUACCCAGGAGGAGUAGCAAUUAUUCAUGGCGGCUUCAGCAGACUGCACUUAUUCGCUUUGGAACAGCGAGAAGAACUAUGCAAGGCAAUAACAGAGGCAGGUGCUGCCUUUGUAGGAGUAACUAUUCGGAUCCGUAAAGAACCGAUCUCCUUUGACCAGUUCCAGACACAUCGCUUGGGCAAGUACAGCACGGAUGAGGCAGUGACAUCCUACGCAGAAUUCACGGUACAGAAGGUAUCAGUACGACACACUGACACUGUGCGGAGGACUUUGUGUCUCACAGAGACCUGUCUUGUUGAGAGGGACCCGGCUACUUACAAUAUCUGCACCUGCAAACCUUUGUGUGACGUGUUUGCAAUAAACCGUUCGGCUGGGAAUCCUCAAGAGUUCAGUGUAGAAUAUGUCAAGGGGGCAAUCCGCACCUACCUCUCUACAGACAGAGAUGCACUGAUAGCCUCAGUGCUGGAUGGUGUGAGAGCUUCAGGCAACAGAGAUGUAUGUGUCAAGAUGCACAAAACUCCUAGAGGCUACAGACUCGGCCCAUUCACAGUGCCAGUGGAUGAGGAGGUAGAAGCCACGCACCUCAAGUCUCUGCACACUGUCCCAGCUGGAAUGACGUUUGAUCAGGCUGUCUUCAGAUUCAAUGCCAAUGUCUCCUAUAACGGUCUUCUACAUGCUGUGACUGCAGAGGGUCUGUUUGCUCAGAAUAAGGAGAAGCUGAUCAACCUGGCACUGUCCUCAUUAAUUGAGCGUGAGGGUGACCAGGAUAAAGUAUCCAACGAGUGUUUGGAGGCACAGUUCCACGCCCUGCGACGCCUUGUAGCUUCUAAAGCUGGCUACCAGGGAUUCACAGAGAUACCGAGGAUGAGAGAGAAGGUGGGUCUGAAAGUGGUGAAGGCGCUCAAGAGAAACAGUGACGCUAUAACACAUGCUGCUCUUGACAUGUUGUGUGCACUCAUGCAGCCCAUGCACGACAACUAUGACCUAAGACAGGAGCAGCUCAACAAGACGUCACUUAUGUCUUCUAGAAAGUUCCUGGAGACCCUUCUCGAGAUGUUCAACGAACAUGUGGUGCACAGCACUGGUGCCUUGGUGAUUGCGGCCAUGCUGGACUUCCUGACUUAUGCUUUGUGUGCUCCGUACAGUGAGACCACAGAUGGCACCCAGUUUGAUCAGCUUUUGGAGAUGGUAGCAGCUAAUGGCAGGGUGGUGUUCAAGCUAUUUCAGCAUCCAUCUAUGGCAAUUGUGAAAGGUGCCGGUCUUGUCAUGAAAGCCAUUAUUGAGGAAGGUGAUGCUGAGAUUGCUGCCAAGAUGCAGGAUUUGUCUCUCUCUGAAGGUGCCCUUCCCAAACACCUUCACACAGCCAUGUUCACACAGAGUAUUGACAGCAGGAUGCUUACCAACAGACAACUGAGUCGUCACUUAGUGGGCCUGUGGGUGACUGGACACCCUACAGCUAUGGGUCUACUGAAGAGAAUCUUGCCUAGUGGCCUUCUUACCUACCUGGACUCAGCAGAUGAUGUCCCUAUGUCUGAGACUGACCGACUGCACAUCAGAGAUAAUGUCAAGUUAGCUCAGGACCACUUCAACAAGAACAAGCGCAACCAACAGUUACUGAUGUUGGAGAAAAAGAUUGAUAACCUGCUGCAGCACUGGAGGUCUCGCGUAGGGCUUGAUAAAAGCAAGCAACAGCAAAAUGAGAAGCCCAUAGUGCUGAGGAAGAGACGCCAGAGGGUUAAAAGUGAGGCCAAUUGGCCCCUUUUCUACUAUCAGUUCAAUCAGGAUCACGCAAAACCGAAUCUGAUCUGGAACUACAAGACCCGAGAGGAGUUGAGAGAGAGCUUAGAGAAUGAGAUGAGGGCUUUCAAUGUGGACAAAGAGCUUGGGGCCACUUUCAUUGUUGGUUGGAACCACACAGAGUUUGAGGUGCCCUACCAUUGCCUUGCAGAUGAGAUCAAAAUUGGGGACUACUACCUGAGAUUACUGCUUGAGGAAGAUGAUGAUGAGGCCACAGAGGAAACAAGUGCCAUAAAGAAGUCCUAUGAGUUUUUCAAUGACCUGUACCACCGGUUCUUGCUGACCCCAAAGGUCAACAUGAAGUGUAUGUGUUUACAAGCAAUGGCCAUAGUGUAUGGGCGCUGUCAUGAGGAGAUUGGGGCUUUCAAUGACACUCGCUACAUGGUGGGCAUGCUGGAGAGGUGCACUGACCGGCUGGAGCGUGACCGUCUGAUCAUCUUCUUGAAUCGACUGAUUCUGCACCAGCGGAAUGUGAAGGAGAUCAUGGAUGCCAAUGGGGUCAAGACGCUUGUGGACCUACUGACCCUGGCACACUUACACACUACCAGAGCUGUUGUGCCUCUGCAGACCAAUGUGAUCGAGGCUUCUCCUGACAUGCAGAGAGACAGUGAGAAAGAGUGGUACUUUGGGAACAAAGAGAAGGAACGUCUUGGACCUUUCAGUUUUGAAGAGAUGAAAGCUUUUUAUGAAGAAGGCACACUUCAUGCCAAGACACGAUGCUGGGCCCAAGGUAUGGAUGGUUGGCGGCCUAUGCAGUUAGUGCCACAGCUAAAAUGGACUCUGCUGGCUACUGGUCAAGCUGCAAUGAAUGAGACAGACAUGGCAACACUCAUACUCAACAUGCUCAUCAGGAUGGCUGAGUACUAUCCUAGCAGAGAUACCGAUGGUGCUAUUAUUCGACCACUUCCAAAGAUCAAACGAAUCCUCUCAGAUGCUACUUGCUUACCUCACAUAGUCCAGCUCCUGUUGACCUUUGAUCCUGUGCUAGUGGAGAAAGUGGCAUCGCUGCUGUUCCUUGUAAUGCAGGACAACCCAAGUGUGUCACGCCUCUACCUGUCUGGCGUGUUUUUCUUCAUCAUGAUGUACACAGGAUCCAAUGUGCUGCCUGUCGCACGCUUCCUCAAGAACACUCACAUUAAGCAAGCAUUCCGCUCGGAGGAGAACACGACGUCUGAUGUGUUGGCUCGCAGUGUCCUUGGUCCCAUCCUGCCUGAGGCUAUGGUCUGUUACCUGGAGAAUUACUCUCCUGACAAAUUUGCACAGAUUUUUUUGGGAGAGUUUGAUACCCCAGAGGCAAUCUGGAACAGUGAAAUGAGACGCAUGAUGAUAGAAAAGAUUGCAGCCCACCUGGCGGACUUCUCUCCUCGCCUCCAGAGCAACACGCGGGCCCUCUACCAGUAUUGUCCCAUCCCAGCCAUCAGCUUCCCGCAGCUGGACAAUGAGCUGUUCUGCAACAUUUACUAUCUCAAACACCUGUGCGACACUGCACGCUUCCCGGACUGGCCCAUCAAGGACCCGAUCCGCUUGCUGAAAGAUAUUCUUGAUGCAUGGAAAAAGGAAGUUGAAAAGAAACCUCCAACCAUGAGCUUUGAGGAAGCUUACAGUGUGCUGAAUCUUUCAAAAGGAACUGGAGGGCAUGAUGAAGGAAAGAUCAGAAAAGCUUACUUCAAAAUGGCCCGAGACUACCAUCCUGAUAAAAACCCCGAAGGAAGAGAAAUGUUUGAGAAGGUGAAUACAGCCUAUGAAUUUUUGUGCAGUAAGAGCAAAGUGAAGGAGGGACCUGACCCUCAGAAUAUUGUGCUUAUCCUUAAGGCACAGAGCAUCCUGUUCAGCAGAUACAAAGAAGAACUUCAACCAUACAAAUAUGCUGGUUACCCGAUGCUCAUCAAGACAAUCCGCAUGGAGACAAAUGACGACCAGCUGUUCAGCAAGUCUGCCCCACUCCUGUCUGCCGCCUCGGAGCUGGCCUACCACACAGUCAACUGUUCUGCUCUAAAUGCAGAGGAGCUGAGGAGAGAGAAUGGAAUUCAGGUAUUACAAGAUGCGUUCUCUCGAUGUGUCAACGUGCUCAGCCAGUCCAGUAAACAGGAGGAAACGGCUGUUCAUGUUUGCACACACAUUGCUCGAUGCUACGCAGUGGCUGCCCAGUUUGAGGGCUGCAGAGAAAAGAUCCAAGAAAAUUCUGCUAUUAUCAAAGACCUCUGCCGAAUCCUCUACUACAAGAACCUGCCCAAACUAUGCUCUGUAGUGUGUGAGUGCAUCAGUGCAUUCUGUGUGGAUUUUUGGCUGCAGACCAAUUUGUUCCAGUCUGGUGUGCUGUGGCAUUUGUUGCUGUACCUGUUCAACUAUGACUUCACACUGGAGGAGAGUGGGGUGGAGAAAAGCCAAGAAAGUAAUCAACAAGAAGUUGCCAACCAUUUGGCCAAGAUGAGCGUGACUGCCUGCGGACGUCUUGCUGGGUUUUUCAGCAGUGAGAGUGAACUCAGCACGCCAGAUAACCCCUCGGUGAAGAAGUCUCUCUACUCGCUGCUGACUCCCUACCUGGCCCGCAAACUCUCUAAUGAGAGCCCAGUAGAGUGUGGCACAGGUGGCAGGAACGAAUGGCUGUUAAAGGUCCUGAACAGCAACUCGGAGAACCCGUACCUGAUUUGGGACAACGCCACUCGCGCUCAGCUGUGUGAGUACCUGGCGGACCAACAGCAGAGGAUGAUCAAGACGGGUGAAUGUGACCCAAGUUACGGCUCCGAUUUUGUCUUUGAAAUUCACGCCAAGGAGCUGAUUGUUGGGGAAAUCUUUGUGCGCAUCUUCAAUGAGCAGCCAACAUUCCCGAUGGAGAACCCUAAGGGCUUCACCAUUGACUUAUUGGAUUUCUUGGGCUCUCAAGCGCAGUACCUACACUCACUGAUGAUGCUACAGCAGCAGCAGAAGGCCAACCCCAGCCCAGACCAUGUGGAGCGGUUAGGCAAGGUGGAAAUGGCCCUGGAAGCUUUGAGGAACAUCAUCAAGGCCAGCCCCGGUGUGGAGAUUCAGUGCAUUGGUCACUUCAAGCUGAUCUUUGCCCUGCUCAGGAUGGAAGAGUUCUCCAAAUUACAGCAGUUCACUCUAGAGGUCAUAAACUGUGUUACUGGCAAUCAGGAAUGUGUGAAGGACAUUGCAGCAGCAGAGGUUUUAGGGUAUCUUCUCUUCUCCUUACAAAGUGUCCCUGCCUGUCGUAUUCUGACUCUGGAGAGUCUGUUUUCCCUUAUGUCGAAUACACAGAUUGUCAAGGAGGCUAUGGUCAAAGGAUGCUUAGUGUACCUGCUGGACCUGUUCUGUAACUCGACCAAUCCGACAGUACGAGAGAAGACGGCUGAACUGUUCUCUAAGAUGCUCUCAGACAAGCUGGUGGGUCCCAAGGUGCGCAUCGUGCUAAACAAGUUUCUGCCUCCAAUCUUCAUGGAUGCCAUGAGGGACUCUGCGGAGGCUGCUGUGCAUAUGUUUGAAGGGACUCAUGAGAACCCAGAGCUGAUCUGGAAUGAUGAUGCCAGAGAGAAAGUCUGUGGAUCUGUCAAGAAGCUGAGAGCCAAGCACUUCCAGGCACAGAGAGAGGAUGCAAACGUCAAGUGGAGCAUGAAAGAAGACUUUGAGAUCGUCUACUCAGACGUCCAGGGUGAGGUAGUUGUGGGCGGUGUAUUCCUGCGCCUCUUCAUUUCAAACCCGGCAUGGGUGCUACGUCGGCCAAAAGAGUUCCUCACUGAGUUAUUGGAGAAAUGGACUCAGAUCACAGGAUCGUCUACACCAGAUAAUGAAAUGCUGGAGACUGUGACGAUGGCAGUGGUGUGCCUGUUCCAAGCCCACAGUUCCCUGCUUGACCAGGUUCCCUCCCUUGGCUAUGUCCCACGUGUCUUCAGCGCCAUGACAUCCAAGCUCACUGCAGUACCCAAGGCAGGCAUACAAGUGGCACACCAGCUUUCAUACAACGAGCUGUGCAUUCGUAGCAUGUCGACCAUCGAGUGCAUUAAACCCAUGCAGGUGGCCAUGAAGGAACGCAGGGACAUGAUUGGCCUGGCAGCCGAGGCACUAUCGAAAAUGUUUGACAAGUGCGAUGAGGAUCUCAUACAACAAGCUCUCUCAGCACAGUUGAUCCCCUACCUGUUGAAGCUCCUGGAGGGAGGUCUGGAAGCCAUGGAAAACCCAGCUGCCACAAAGGCUCAGAUUGUCAAAGCCCUUAAGUCUAUGCAGAGAAGCUUGGUACAUGGAGAAAAGGUCACAGAAAUUCUAGACAAAUCUGCAGUCUGGAAGGACUAUAAAGAUCAAAGACACGACCUGUUUAUCACAGACACCAACAUUGCUGGUUACCUUACAGGUCCCACUGGUCCCAGUGUCGCAGGUUACCUCACUGCAGGCACCAUGCGGUCAGCAAUGCCAGAUGCUCCUCCUCCCAUUGAUCAUCACGAAGACCAAGACUAAGUUCAUUGCGGUGGAUGUUUUCUAUUUUUGUCGAUAAUGAAAAAUCUGGAACAUGUGAUAUCACAUUUUAUAGCAGUCUAAGUCAUUCUCAAUAUAGAAGAGCAUUCUGAAUAUCCCAAUAUUUUCCUGUCUGAGGUGCUUUUCCCCUUUUCCCGUCUCCCUUUCUAGCACACAUACACACCCACAAACAUGUGAACAUACAAAUGGACUCUAAUUACCAGUCAUAUCUCUCCUCCCCCUGCUUCCCAACCCUUCUUCUGAUUAUUUGUCUGCUUUUUAAUGUAUAACGUUACCCUCAUUCAUGUUGCAAGUUUAUGGUAGCAUUACCAUUAGGUGUGUAAAUGUUACACUCCAGUCUUUCUGUGAACAAACGCCGAUCAAAUGUCUGUGUGACUGAGAAAAGGGUUUUGAAGUCGCAUGGGCAUAAUUUGAGAGGAUUUCAAAUUAUCAACUAUUUUAUUUCUUUCUCACAAAAUGAUUUCUUCUUCUUCUUCUAAAUAUGAUUUUGAAAGCUUUUAAAAACACGUUAGUUACAUAACAUGACAAAAUGGCUUUUGAUUUUGACAAUUGAUCACCUUAUUAAUAUUAAAGGGCUAUUUGGUCACAUAAGGUCCUUAUGAACCCCAGCAUGUAAAAUUAUACUGUUAAUUUUGUUGUUAACUCUCUUGUCUUCUGGUGGUUCAUACACAUAGUUUGCUGUCAGCUGGGAAGAAAUGGAAGUAGUAUGCAUCUCUGACUGCCUGGGUGCUAUAUAUUCAUUUUUGACAUCACAUUUUGACUUUGGAAUGUCUUUUUACUCGCAAUUUCUGCAUUAUGAGUCACCUGUGUGAUUAUGUUGUCUUUGGUUUAUUUUUUUAUUGAGCGUGUGCAAAGAUCCUGCACUACCUGAUGGUUCACCCCUCUCUCUCUCUCUCUCUCUCAGCCUAUUACAAAGGCAUCCUCAAAAUGACGGUGGUGGCCCCUGAGAAUAAUAUAUAUACUUUGCAAACAGCUGACUAUGAAAGUAAAGGGGUAACAUUGGUACUACACUCACAUCGCAGUUACUUUAUAUUGUAUGAAAAUUUAAAAAAAUUUUUUUUUAAAGCUAAGAAUGAUUGUAACAACAAGUGAAGCUCCUUUUACAAGUCGUUUAUAGGCUUUUUAGAGCUCAAUUUAUCAGAGUCACCGCUCUCUAUAGAUGGAUAAAUAGCAGUCGAUCUGUAUGUGCAAGGUGGUGCUACUCCUAUUCUUCUUCUCAAGAAGCUAAAGAGAACUCAAGACAGUGACUGUAGCGCCAUUUCAGAGUAAGCACCUAUUUCUGUGGACACUUUUUUUUUUAUUGUAGUAUAGGAUCUUUGUCAUGUGUUUGCCCUGUAAUAGUAAUACCAUUGUUGGAUUUGAUUUUUUUUUUAAGUUUUGUUCAUUUUGCAGAGAUGCAAGCAUUUUUCUUAAGGUUAGAUAUACAUAUAUAUACAUAAACGUUGUUUUUCUCAAAUGCAGUUGGUACACCCCAAACUCACAAUAGUGACCAUGAGAUAUCUGAGAAAUGAAAUUUUUAAAGAAACAUCAGAGUCGUCAGGAAAGGCCAGACUAUCAACAGAUUGGUCAGGAAAGGUUAUAUAAUGCAGAAAUGCAUUAAACUACAACAAUUUUUUUAAUUGCAUUCAUAGACCCUUUUCUCAGGCAUGCACACGAAUAUAUUUAUUUGUUUCUACCAUGAAGAGGUCCUGCUGUUUGUCUCUUGAGAUUUCCUAUGCUUUUUCUGAUGAGCAUGUCGGAAGAUGCAUUUAUUAUGUCUUUGUUGGGUUUUUCCUCUAUGCCAGAGCUCUCUUUUGGUACAAAACCUAAAAGUGACAUAUACCUGACUAAACAAGUCAUUAAAUCAGAACAAAUGAAUCCAUUUUGGUAGUUCAUCAUCUAAUGAAAAAAACUCCCUGUAAAAGAGACCUGUUUUCAGCAAUUGCUGAAAAUUAAUGUAAUGUUAAAGUCGUCGUAAAUUAAUGUGCCUGUACUGUUUCCUGCAGCGCAUGGACACAGUGGUUCUGACUGCUAGCUGCUGUAAGCUGCUUGUGGAGUUAAUACUUGCCUCUAUGAGAGUUGGUAAAUCUUACUUGUGCCGAACAAUAAAUAUAUGCAGUCUAGCUAGCACUUGCAUUGUAACAAAAAGGCACAUAGCAAACAGAUUUUCAGGUUCAAAUUUUUGGGGGUAAGGUCUUUGUAUUCAAAACACACACAUAUAAGGAAAACAUUUUUCUAUUCUUCUCCAAUUACUGUGUUCACUCCAUGGUGAAUACAAAUUAUAAGUAGAUGGGCUGAGGUAUGGCCAUGUGGUUUAUAUGUUCAAAUAUUAUGCCUGUACAAUUUUUUGAUGAAUUUAAUGGGUCAUUUCUAUUGCUUACAUGAGUAAAUGUAUUAUGAACAAAUUAUGUUUCCGUAUAGUAAAUUUUAUUCAAUGCAAAAAUGUUAUUGACAGUGAUGGGGUUUUUUUUCAAACUGGAUAAGUGAUUUAAUAGGUGACCAAUGCCACCUGGUAUAAUCAUUCAUAUAUAUAUAUAUAUAUAUAUAUAUUAUAUGUAUAUAUAUAUAUAUUAUAUGUAUAUACAGUCGA